AUGCAGCUAGCAAGUCUUGUUGAAUGUUUGCAGGGAAUGGAGCUUACAGAUGCACCUGAUGAACGGCUGCUGACACUUUCCGGCAAGCCAUAUACAUCCAGAAGUGCUUAUGCUGCGCUGGAUCAAGUGACUGGCACGCCGGACGCUCAUGGGCGGCACAUCUGGACUACCCGGGUGCCUAACAAAGUUAAGAUUUUUGCAUGGCUCUACUUUAAAGACAGGCUGAGUAUAAGAACUAAUUUAUUUGCCAAGCAUAUCCUGGACGAUGAAUCCUGCCAGCGCUGCUCCAACGCUACUGAAGAUCGCUUGCACGUCUUCUUCGGCUGCCCAACCAGUGCUGAGCUUUGGGAGAGCACUGCACUUCUAUCAGACACUGAGGUUUGGAGCGCCAACGUCCCUUCCCACUUGGAUACAAACCUGUGGCCGUUUGUCUUGCUCACAAUUCUGUGGAGAAUUUGGGAUGCCAGGAACGGAGAAACCUUCCGGAAUGAGCCUUCCACUAGUCGUCGUAUUCUUUCUAAAGUCUGUGAUGAUCUUGUAAUCUGGCGUAAACGAUUAAAGUUAGAUAGUGAUGUAAUCAACUCAAGAGAUUGGCACAUUUACCUCUUAUCUUGUAACUCUACAAAAAGCUCCAUUUGA